AUGUAUAUCUGGUGGAUAUUCUUAUUUUUUACAUGUAAAACAAUUGUCGCUGAACAAUUAGAAUCUAAAUUGCCAAACAACAGUGGCAUUUUUCCAGCGAAAAUAAACAUAAAAAACAUUGGCCGAGUCAAGUAUCGAGAUGGUGAAAUUAUGAUCGCUCAAAAUCAAGAGAAACAUACUGAAUUCUUCUUCACUCCAUUUCCAUAUCUUCAGCCUGAAGAAACACAAUGUCAUGAAAAUGUGUUUAAUGAUCGUAUCGAACUUGGACUUCAAGUUGAACUUUAUACACCACAACUCAUUCAAACCGUCAACGAUUAUCUCUUUAAGUAUCAAUCGUCGUUGUGUGGAAAUACAACAUCUUUGUUCGUGUGCGAUGUUUCUCUGUUACCGAUAAAUUCUAUUCGACUUGUUCAAAGAGGUUCACACUCAAAUAGUACUCAUCAUAAAUAUACACUUGACGAGAGUUGGCAACCGGCUACUCUUCAUCUCCAAGAAAUAGAGUUCGUUAUUUAUGUAUCGAAUAUGACUGUAUGUGAACAAUUACGCAAAGCCCUGACAGAAAAGUGUCGAUUACCAAAUUUUGAAGUUCAUUAUUCACUCUAUGGUCAACAGAUAGUGAAACAAGAAUUAGAAGUAAACACGGAAUAUAUAGCACGUACAAAUAUAUGCAAUCAGAUUCGCACUCAAUUUCCGUCAGCAGAAACGGUGAUUCUUACAGAAAAUGAUUUCAAGAAACUCCUUAGUGAAUCCACAGAUCAUAUUAUUAUGACACUACAUAUGCAAGAAGGAUUUGCAGGCCUACAAAAUCCAAUGGUGUUUGAUGAGCAUCUUGAACGGCAGUUAUCUACUCAACGGGUUCGAUUAGAAAUGAUUAAUGACACCUUAUGGAAAGAUCUUUAUUGGACAGUGGAGCAGACGCGACCCGAUCAUCUCGCUAAAAUUCUUAACUCCAUCGUUCGAAAAGAGAGUGGCAACAGUGAACGCUUUAUUUACGACCGUCAAGUUGCAAAAGAUAUGAUGAACGUCGAUCAUCUUACACAUCACGAUAAGUUUAAAUUAAGUGAUGGUUCCCAAAAUAAAACAAACAUACAAUCAGACAAUUUCGAUAAUCAAACUAAUAUUAGCGAUAAACAACAGUAUAUUUUGAGUCGUCAUGAUGUAGUCAUCUUUCUUCGUGAAUUCUUUGAUAACACAUAUCUCGAAGGUGACAUUAUCAAACCUCGUUCUAUUAAUGGUUAUCUCGUCAAAAUAGGAAAAUUUAGUAAAAAUACAAAACUCUUUUCGAAUACUGUACUUGUUCGAAUGCGACCGAAUGUGCAUAUUUUACCACUUCGCUAAAAAUUAAAUUCUUUUAAAAAUAUUACUUUAAAUACAAAAUGGAAACAAAAUGGAAUUACAGUUGCUGGAGGAAAUGAAGAAGGCAAUAAUUUAAAUCAACUCUUUUACGCUUAUGGUAUCUAUGUUGAUAAUAAUCAAACUAUUUAUAUUGCUGAUUUACAUAAUGAUCGUAUUGUUGAAUGGAAAUCUCACGCAAAGAAUGGUCAAGUCGUUGCCGGUGGAAAUGGACAAGGAAAUCAAACUAAUCAAUUGUAUGGGCCAACAGAUGUAACUGUUGAUAAAGAAAAUGAUUCUCUGAUUAUCUGCGAUGGCACUAACAGGCGAGUGAUGCGAUCGUCUCGUGAAAAUAACAAAAGCGGACAAAUAAUCAUCUCUAAUAUUGAUUGUUACGGUUUAGCAAUGGAUAAUAAGGAAUAUAUUUAUAUUUCUGAUAUGAAAAACAAUCAAGUCACACGAUGGAAAAUAGGAGAUGAGAAUGGAACAAUAGUAGCAGGUGGAAAUGAAGAAGGUGAUCAUCUUAAUCAACUCCGUUAUCCUACUUAUAUCUUUGUUGAUGAAGAUUAUUCAGUUUAUAUAUCAGAUUAUUAUAAUCAUCGUGUGAUGAAAUGGAUAAAAGAUGCAAAAGAAGGAAUUGUUGUUGCUGGUGGAAAUGGUCAAGGAGACACUCUGUCACAAUUGUCAAAUCCUUCUGGGGUAGUUGUCGAUCAGUUGGGUCAAAUCUAUGUUGCAGACACUGACAAUUUUCGAGUGAUGUGUUGGUCUAAAGAAGCUAAACACGGAAGGAUUAUUGUUGGUGGAAAUGGAUGGGGAAAAAAGUCAAAUCAAUUGAAGUUUCCCAGUGGUUUGUCAUUCGAUGAAGAAGGUAAUUUAUAUGUUUCUGAUCAAGUGAAUUUUCGAAUACAAAAAUUCGAAAUUGAUUAA